GAGGGCGUGGCGAAAGGGGCUGAUUUUUUUUCCCCGGCCGGCCCGGGGGCUUCUCCUGUCACUUUCAGGCCGCUGCGCGUCCCUCAGGGUCUGGUUGUAACGUGCGGGUGAAGAGCAGCGAUGCGUCCGCCGCCAUGAAGGAAUCCCGCGGCGCGCGGGUCAGUGAAUUGGCGGGGAUUGGUGAGGAGUAGCUGAGGAAUGUGGCUGGAAAGGCAAAUCUACAGGCAGAUCAGUAGCAGACUUAUGCAACAAAUGUUAAUUACUUAAUGAAGAAAAUAAAGCGGCUCUUCCUCAUUCACUUUAAUGGGAUGCCUGGUGAUGCGGCAGUGACACAAUAAGGAGAAGAGAAUACCUAUGUGAGAACACAACAAGCAGCAUGGCGGAUUCAGAAGACAUUUUGCUUAACAAGGCAAAGGCAGAUCAAACUGCUAAUCGCAUUGUAAAAGUUAACUCAGGCAAACAUUACUUAUGUGGUUAUUGUGCAGCCAUUACAAACAUUGCAGUAACUUUCCCAAUCCAGAAAGUCCUCUUUCGUCAACAGCUGUAUGGGGUACGAACCAGAGAUGCAAUAUGUCAGCUUCAGAAAGAUGGACUCAGAAAUUUGUACCGAGGUAUCCUUCCUCCGCUGAUGCAGAAGAGCACAACCUUGGCAUUGAUGUUUGGCCUAUAUGAAGAUUUGUCUUCUGUGCUCCUCAGACACAUAAGUGCGCCUGAAAUCUUUGCCCGGAGCUUAGCAGCUGUGCUUGCUGGGACCACAGAAGCUGGCUUGACCCCUUUUGAGCGUGUGCAGACACUUCUGCAGGACUACAAACAUCAUGAUAAAUUUACAAACACCUACCAAGCAUUCAGAGUUCUUCGAGAGCAUGGGGCCAGGGAAUAUUAUCGGGGCUUGGUGCCAAUCCUACUUCGGAACGGUCCUAGCAAUGCUCUCUUUUUUGGCCUGCGAGGGCCCAUCAAGCAGUGCCUGCCAGAAGCAACAACUUACAGUACUCAUCUGAUCAAUGAUUUUAUAUGUGGCGGGGUAUUGGGUGCUAUGUUGGGGUUUCUGUUUUUCCCUGUGAAUGUUGUCAAAGCCCGCAUGCAGUCACAGAUUGGUGGGGAAUUCCAGUCUUUUUCCACAGUCUUUAUGAAGAUUUGGCUGGAGCGUGACAGGAAACUGACACAUCUCUUCCGAGGGGCCCAUCUAAAUUAUCACCGGUCCCUGAUUUCUUGGGGAAUAAUUAACGCAACUUAUGAAUUCUUGCUUAAAUUACUAUAAUUGAUUAUUAAUUUUUUCUUCUUCAGUUGAGCAUCGGACAAUCCUGAGCUGUCAGUUUCCAGGAUAUAAUGGGAAAACACUUGCAAGUAUCUAUGACUCCAUAACAUUCAAGAAACUGAAUUGCCGACAAGUGGUGGUUUCAGUUGGUAUGGAUAUCAGCUAUUUAAACAGUGCCUAACUAGUUCAAAAUAUAAUUGUAUUCAGUCUUGUUCUUGGCCUUCCAAUCUAUGGAUGUGGCAGCUGUAUGACUAAAACAAUUAACUGAGACGUUUCCUGAAAUAUAAAGCCAGCAGGCUGAUUCACUCAAAGCAUAAUAAAUAAAAUUUCAUGCUGGCCUAUGAAAAUUUGCUCCAGGUCACCUUCCGCUUUAUUCAACCAACACUCCUGGUGAUCCAAAGAAUGCACUUCAUAGAAAAUAGCAGAGCAAAAAAACCUGAUAUUUAACUUGUUGCUUGACCAUUUGUAACAAAUGGUAGCAUAUUUUUUUUGUAAUAAGUGGACCUUGAGUUUCCAUGAAGCUUCAUGUUCCCCCUCUUGGUUUUUUUUUUUAUGUUGUUGAUGAUGAAUAUUAUUGUACUUUGAAAAGAACUGCCAAAUGUAGAAGAGAAAACUAUUGUUCUAAAACAGGUUCCAUGUAGUUUUGGAGCACUUCUGAUGCAAAUGACAUCUGGUCAAAAUUAGUAUUAAAUUUUAGAAACUGGUGGAUGUAUCUCUACUAUUAAAUAGUGGGUGUUGACUAUGGAGGAAAGAGUGAGAAAAGCACUGAAAAGCUUUAAAAUAUUCUUUAUCUUGCACUGUCACUGAAUUUUUCAAUGUCAAUUAGGUAUUUAAAUUAUUAAUUUUGGUGAAAUACUCUAAUCCAGGGUGGUGGUUUCUUUUAUACACAUAUACACGCACAUAUACACAUAUACACUCUUUUCAAGUUUAGGAAAUUUGGUACAAAUUUGAUAAACUAGCCAAACGUAAACAGGAUAAAAUUCCAGGUACUAUUUACUGGUACAGUACAAAUGAUUGAGUGAGUUAUACUCUACAUAAACCUAAGGUCUAGUGAAGCAGAAUUCUUGCACACCAAAAUGAAAUGUUUAUUGCCAUUUUUCACAGUAUUUUACUCUGUUGGAAAAGAAAUUACAGAGCUAUUUCACAUACCAUUCAGGAGUGUUUAGGCUGACGAUAUAUGAGUUGCAAAAGGCUGGCUUGCCCUUUGCUUUUCCUUUAAUGUAGAUUUGUCUUCAUAGAAGAAACUCUGGCAUAAGAGAUUCAUCCAUCCACUUUUAAUAAGUGACAAAAUUGCCUAAAUCCCUCCUUUAUAUAUAGCCUGUCCAUUCUCUCUAUGAACUCGUGUGUAGGACCAUGCAUAUAUUAAAAAAGAAGACAAAAAAGUAUCUGCAAAUAUUACAUAGGGCUUCUGUGAAUUAUU